AUCUGGACGUAUGAAUAUCGGUGCACCAGCUUGUAAAAUUAUUUUUGGGCAAGAUAUCACCACCUUACGAUUCAGUCCCAGACUAAAUUCUGCUUUGGUUGAAAUAUAUUUGACUAGAUCCUGGAAACACCUGCGAGUAUUAGAUUUGAGUUCCGUAAAGCUGUGUAAGACACGUAUAGAGGCAUUACAAUAUCUCAUUCACUUGAAGUAUUUGGAGCUGCGGUAUUGUGAUUACAUUCCAUAUCUAAUAUGCAACCUAAAGGAGCUAGAGACAUUUAUAGUGACCGGAAUCUAUCGUAAAGCCUGCAUUCCAAAUUCUAUUUGGGAUAUGACAAGCUUGAGACAUCUGCAUUUAACUUGUCUAUAUACGUGGCAACUAUUAGAGGAUCUUGACAACUUGAAAACAUGUUCUGAUCUGGUUAUUAAUUCUGGAGAGUAUUACCAGAAAUUUAUGAAAAGAUUACCCAGUCUUGAAAAGCUCAGUUGUCGAUUAUAUGAUUCAAGAACCUCUUAUAAAAAUUUCUUUCCUGCUUUUGACUCUCUCAGACAACUCAAAUCUCUCAAGAUUGGUGUCUCUGAGCUUGUGCCAGCGGUAGAUCCUUAUGGUUUUGAGGACUUUACAUACCCAUCAAACCUCAAGAAAUUAACUUUGGUAAAUCUUAAGCUCCCCUGGAGUAAAAUUUCAACCAUUGGCAGAUUGUCCAACCUUGAAGUUCUGAAAUUAGAGCAACAUGCUUUCAAAGGGAGACAAUGGGACGUUAAGGACGGGGACUUUCCUAACCUUAAAGUCUUGAAACUAAAGAAUCUAGGAUUCUCAGAAUGGACUGCAUCUGAUGACUCGUAUCCCAACCUACAACAAGUAGUGGUGCAACGGUGUUGGCAAUUAGAGGAAAUCCCUGAAUGUUUUGGGAGCAUGUGCACGAUGCAACUGAUUGAGGUAAGAUCAUGUCGCGACUCUGUUGUUAAUGCUGCCCUGAAUAUUAAGGAAAUACAAAUUCAAGAGAUGGGGAAUUCUGAAUUCAAGGCCAUUAUUUCUAAGUGAAAGUCAUGAGACUUGAAGAGCAGGGUUGUUAAGUUGCUUAUGUUCUUGAAAUAGAAGUGUAUGUUUUUGC